AUGGCGGACCGGCGGCGAAGGAGGAGGCGCGCGUCCCAGGACAGCGAGGACGACGACGAGUCCGGUUCGGGUUCUGACAGCGGGAGGUCGGGAUCCCCGAGUACAAAGACCCGGGGGAGAGACCCCGACCCGCCGGAGCCGACACCGGUCCGGGUGGAGGCGAAGAGCGACGUGGAGUCCGAGUGUGUGAGUAGCUGAGCCCUGGUAGCAGCUAGCUGACGGCUAACUCUGACCCGGUGUACCGACGAGAUGUGCUACCUUAGCGAACAAUGUCCUCUCUGAAUUAAUCCAUGGCCGAAUCAGUCAAUAUUUAACCCCCGCUCACUCGGUCUUCUUUGGCUGAGUGUGGAGGUGACUUUUAAUGUUCCUGUACCGCGUUGGAGUUCAAUAGAAACGCGAUAGCCUUAAUUAAAUACAAGUAAGUCAUUAGUAGCCCCAACUCGCGGUCGGAGUGAAAACCGCCGAGAAUUGUCGCUUUGCACGUGCGCAGUCGUGCCAAGAGCCGUCGCGUAUCAUAUUUCGAAGGGUAGUUUCAUUCGACAGAACACCCGUUGGAUUGGUGACAGACUCUGCUUCCUUUAAAACUUUUCUGCGGCCGCAUAUUACUCAGGAAGCUUAAAACGAGUUAUUGAUUCAAAUCAACACUAAUAACAGACUCUAUCUUUGCACGGAACCUUAGCUCCAGGGACACCAGUCGAGCUAUUAAACCCUCUAUGACGGUUUUUUUAUGACGCCAACGUAGCACAGUGGCGUGGAAAUAUAUAAACCUUACUAACGGCAGUUUACAGUUAAGGUGUUUUCAGCGUUAUAAGCUUAAUUAGAUAAUUUAGUUGGGACUUGAUGUGUUGUUAAACAGAGAGGAAAAGGCGCCAGUCGGAACACAUUUACAGGGACACGGCUUUAGCCAUAACACCGUCACUGGCGUCAGGCUGUUUUCUGGAACGUUUAUACCCUUAAAAAUAUGUUUCUCGGUCCGGGUUGUUUCGUAAGUAAGACUGCUUUGAAGGCAGCGAGUGUGGCUUUGUUUAAAAUGCUGUGAGGCUGUGCAUGAGGUGACUCCUGAUUAUUAGCUGGACGGGCCCAGUUCAGACAUCCGCUCAGUGGUGAUUUAGUCCUCUGGGUUUAGCACACUCUUACUGUGCUUAUGCAUGACCUGGAGGUGAAUUAGGGCUUUGUUAACAGAAGUGCAACAUCUAAAUCAGGCAUGUCUUAACUAUUCCACAAAGAGCCAUGUGGCUGCAGGUUUUUCUUCCAACCAGUCAAGAGCAUAUAGUCUGAUCAAUCAGCUGUCUGAAGACUGAGAUCAGCUGAUGAAAUGAAUCAAGUCUGGUGAGCUGCUGCUUGGUUGGAAGACACACCUGCAGCCACAUGACACUUUGUGGAACAGUUUGGACAUGCCUGAUCUAAAUGUAUGUGGGUUAACUGUGAAACAUCAUAAGAUACAGGUGAACUGCAGAGCUGCUCCUGAUUUAAAGGGAUAUUCCGGUGUAAAAUUAAUUUAGUGGUCUGAGGAGCCAAACACAAACCUCAACCAAAACGCCGCUCUAUAGCCACAAAUAAUGCUCAGAACAGCACCUAACUUCACCAACAGUACAUACAGGGUCCCAGCCACAGCACUAGCCACCAAUCAUCUUUUCAACUUUGCGUAAUUUCUUUAGCAAAGAGACUAAACACAACUCACCUACACUCCUCCAGCAGCCAUUUAUUUGUAGCAAGACCUCGGGCCACUCCAUUACGGACUGCUGCAGGGUGACGCAGCUCAAGGAAGAACAUUUAUCGUCAUUAUUUUAUCAUGUGCUUUAAGAAAUAAUCACCAUAUUAAUCAUUUUGCAGUGCAGACGCAGUAGUCCUUCUGCCUUAGCAUCUCGGUCUGAUUGCAUUUCUAUGAGGAAAUGGUCAAAUGUUCUUCCUUGAGCUGCGUCACUGCGUCACUCUACCUGAGGUCUCGCUACAAACAAGCGGCUGCUGGAAGAGAGUAGGUGAGUUGUGUUUAGUCUCUUUGCUAAAGAAAUUAGACCAAGAUAAAAAGAUGUUUGGUGGCUAGUGCUGUGGCUGGGACUCUACAUGUACUGUUGAUGAAGUUAGGUGCUGUUCUGAGCAUUAUUUGUGGCUAUAGAGUGGCGUUUUGGUUGAGGUUUGUUUAUGGCUCCUCAAACCGCUGUGUAUUGCUAUCAUGCAGUCGUUACUUAAGUUGGUAUAACUAGAGAAGCAAGUGGUCGGCAACACUUAUCUCUUGAGGGGGUGUCUAACUUGUUGUUACGGUGUGUUUGACCCUAAAUUAAUUUUACACCGGAAUAUCCCUUUAAGCUCUGCAUGUUUUUAGGGUUGUGCCUCUACAGUCAUUGGUCAUGAGGUGUAACAUUAAGCUGGACAGUCCGCAAAGUUUUUUGAAAGUUAAAAAUCUUUUGAAUAUUCGUCCAGAUGUCCCCCUAAUAGGCAGAUGAGCCACAGAGGAAAUGAGUCGGAUUGAAUCAGAGUGUUUGGGUUUCAUCAUAUCUGAGCUCAUUCUGAUGAAAGCUGUGCUAAACAGGUGAAGGUGAUGUUGAACGUUGUGUUUCUGUCUUUGCAGGAGAGUGAAGAUGGAGUAGGAGAAGGUGAGACACAGCCUGAGCUGAAUCUACAGCAGUCACUUAAUGAUUAUGUACAAUUUAACACCCAGAGAUUGAGUUUAGACACGACAAUAUUCAAUGUAUCAUAAAAUAAAAGCUUUCCAGGUUUUUAUUUGCUUCUCCUCUUUUCAUCCAGCUGUUCUCUCGGACUAUGACAGUGCAGAUCCAGAGGAAAACGGCUCCCAUUCAGAGGUAACAACCAGCUGCAGGAAGCUAUCAGAGGUUUAACUGUAUAUGAAAUAGAUAAAUGGAUAGACAUAUAAAGGUGGAGAGAGAGAGCUCUGACAAUAAGCGAAAGCAUCAUGUAAACCACAAUAUAACAGAAUUUUAUGGUUUGCUAAUAACUAAUGACGAUCCAUGUCCCCUCAGGGAGUGGAGGAAGAGGAGGAGGCUGAGCGUUACAGUGAUGAAGAGGCUCCAGCGGCAGCCAGCGAGCCCAAAUCCUCUGCAGCCGACAUCCUGACCAAGAAAGAGGAGCAAGAGGAGGAGCAGCAGCAGGGAGAGGAGGGGGAGGCAGAGGGGGAAGGAGGAGGACAGAGUAAAGACGAGUGUAAGACAGAGGAGAAGGCAAGCCUAGCAGGAGAGAGACAGAGCGGGGACGGACAGGUGAGACUUCCGACCUGACUGACCUGAACGCUUUCAGCAACGUCAAAUGAAUAAGGAUCAGUAAAAGCAGCAUGCCUUUAAAUGUUUGACUUCCCAACGAAACCUGGUCCUGUUUCACAAACACACAUUCAUAUGAUCAGCGUUUGCCUUAAAGCAGUAAAAGUUCAUUUCAUGAGUCAGCAGAAACACACAGACUCAUGAACCUGAAAUGAGAAGAAACACACACACUCAUGUUGUUCAUCAUAAUAAUUUAGAUCCGCUUAUAUAAACAGCUUUUCUUUUGUUUAUGUAGUUAUAUUCCUGCAUUUGUACAGAAGCUUCAUUCAGAGAACACUUGAGUUGUAGGGUAAGCAGUCACCGUACAACAUGUAGACGGUCCUCUCAUUGCAUCCUUUUCUGUUUGAUGUCACACACACACUCAGGAGUCAACGGAUGACCCUGAAACGAAGGCAGGAGGAAAACCGGGCCAGAAGCUGGAUGACGAUGAGGACCGGAAGAACCCCGCGUACAUCCCGAGGAAGGGUCUGUUCUUCGAGCACGACGUGAGAGGACACGCUCAGGAGGAGGAGAGGUACACAUCGCCACACAAACCUUUAAAUUUUUAUUUCUUAGAUGUAUAUUUAAUAUAUAUAUAUUUGAUUCAGUCGGUCAGAGGUCUGAACUUGUUUUUCAAGUGUUUAAGCUUAAAAGUAUUGAUAAAUUUACUGUGAUUAACAGUCUGUUUAACUCUGAAUCAAAAGUCUUACGUGAUUUUGUUCUCAUUACCCAUAAGCCCCCUGCAGAUUUGCUAAUUAGUGUAUGUGUCAAAAAUCAAAGUGUGCAGAAUAACACUGAGAUCAGGAGGCCGCUCGACCUGCAUGAAAAGAUUCAUUUUGACUGUUUCUCUGCAGUCGAUCGUUGUUCUUUGCCUGACAAAGAGUCAUUUAAGUUUUGUUUUCUCUUCGCUGAUCAGCCAAUCACAGCUUUGAAAAAAAGAGUCGCACCAUAGCAACAGGGUUGACCACGCUUUCUUGCUGAGAUGAAGUUUGAGUCCUUUCCUCAGAGGAUGAAAACAGACAUCUCUUGUUCAGCUUUCAGCAGCUCUGUCUUUAACCUUUCAGGCCUAAAGGUCGCAACAGAAAGUUGUGGAAGGACGAGGGUCGCUGGGAACACGACAAGUUCAGAGAGGAGGAGCAAGCGCCCAAGAGCCGCGAGGAGCUGAUCGCCAUCUACGGUUACGACAUCAGAAACGGAGGCGGGCAUGGAGACCGGACUUACAGGCAGCGUAGACCCAGGUAAGCUGAAGGUUCAAUCUUGAUGUGUUUUCUACUUUCGUGUUGAUGUUGUUGCUGUUAAAUCUUGAUGUCUCUCUGUCCUCACAGACAGAACUUGUCCCCCGGCAGAGACAAGCGAUGGCGAGACGGAGGAGGAGAGCGGGCGGUUCGAUCCUGGCAGAGCAGAGAGGGAGGAGGCGUCAGCCGGGGAGGAGCUCCACCAUCAUCCAACCAUCCCUCCAAUGCUCCUUCUUCCCUCCCUCUGUCCCAGCGGGGGAGUAACUCCUCCAGACCUCCCCCCUCCCGCAGUAGACCUCCUCACCCCCUGCCUCAGUCGCAGUACAGGAACAAUGAAAUUAACCCUCCACAGGUGCAUCCCAGAGAGCGGCAGGGGCCCAAGGCGCUGUCAGACCCCACAGCCGAGCGGGUCAGCAGGGGAGGGCGGGCUGCCGGUGGGGGGAGGGGCGGUCCCUCUGUGGUCAUUGAGGAAGUAACAGUCAGCCACGGAGGAGCGAGAGAACAGGAACUCAGUGCUGUAACGGCAGUGUCUGCGGCCUCUCAGUCAGGUGGUUACCAGUCUGCGUCACCACGGCGACAGCAUCAGGAACAAAGAGGGACUGCCGACAGACCUGCGUCAGGAUUGGCGGCUCCCCCCUCUAACGCUGACUCCGCCCUGCAUUCGUCAGCACCCACGUCAACCAAUCGCGAGGCUUCUCCUCCUGCUGAGCGGCCGGUGGAGCGUAAAUCGUACGCUCUGGCUCGUAGGACUCGCUCCCGGCCCGCAGAUCUGGGUAGCAAACAGCCGUCCGUGGAAGAGUCUGCAGCUGCAGGGAACGCUUCCUCACCCAGCGGAGCCGGAGCAAAGAGCUGGGCGGGAGAUGGACCAAGUCAGACAGGCGGAGGAGGAGGAGGAGGAGGAGGAGCUAUGGCAGAGCUGGACCAGGACGUGGCUCGACUAAGUUUGGCCGGACAGAGUUGGACUCAGAGCCCGACCUCCUACAUCCGCUCAGAGAUGAGAGGUGAGAGCUCAGGUGAUCCGUGUCAAUAAGAUGAUUCACGGUGGAAAGAUAACGUUUUUAUUUUUCUUCUUUUUCUGAGGAGAAGUGUCAGAGUUUCUCAGACCCGCCUUUUCACUCUCUAAUCUCAUCAAUAUUGCUGUCUGAUUGUCUGUCAUGACUGGUUUUGGUUUUUUAGCUCUCUCACUAUUUCUGGGAGUGUUCUUAGGAUUUCUGCUGUAUCUUAUUGUGUGAGUUAACAUCUAGGACUGGGAUGUUAUGCUUUCCUCUCGAUUUGAUUCUUCUACAGUUUUUUGGAUGCCGAUUCGAUUUAAAUUGCGAUUCUACGAUAUUGUCGAUUUUUAGUCUGCAUUUUUAAGACCAGUGAAACAGUUGAUGAUUAUGAUUGUCUACUGACUAUUCCAGGAACCAUAUUUCCCCAAAAAUACACAACAUGUAGGUCAGUUUUUAACAUUUAUUCUUAAAUUCUGGGGGAAAAAAUUGAUUUUUUGGGGGAAAAAAUCAAUUUAAAAAUUGUAGAACAAAAAAGUUGCAAUACUUGUGUGAAUUUAUUUUUUUCUCCCACCCUUAUUAACAAUAUUCGGUAUAAAGUUUAAUGAUAAAUGGAUGUCCUACUCUGGUAAAAAGAAAAAAAAUACAGUAAAUGAAUAUUGAACUAACCAGGCAGACUGGGAAUAAUAAAUCAAACGCACCCUCAAAGCGCUCUGUGUAAAUGAAGAGACAAACGGCUAAAUCAUUCAGUCUUAGCGGUGCAGCAUAUGGGUUCAUUUUGAAUAUGGAGCAUUUGAAUCUGUGCAGGAUUUUCCCACAUUAUGAGCAAUUGACUUCAAGGGAUUCAAGGGAGGUAGAGCUGGAUCACACCCUGAAAUACUGACCUCAGUCCCUCAGCAGGUCCCUGGAGGUGAUCAGUCUUUUCUCUCCAUCUUCAGUCUGUUGAGGUCGUCCUUUUCUCGACUGAUCAUACACUCGGAUGUUUCUGUCAGAGCUCCGCCAACUUUUCCUCUGAGUUAAUCUCACAGAUUCAUCACUCUGCUUCACCUGAGACGGUUGGAUUAUGCUCCUAGGGCGCGCUGUGCUCUCAUUGGUCAAUCGCACUGACAGUCAGAACAAACAAACAUGUUAGACUUCCUGUCAGGAGGCGGCGAGGGGUCACAGACAUGUCCUUGAUUGUUGCACUCUGUGACAGAUGUCUCGGGAUAAAGCCUGUCUGGGCCGAUGGGUUUCAACACUUAAUGUCUGCUGAUAUAAUCGUGAUUAUGACGUGUGGUCUGACCUCGGCAUGAGUCUGCGCUUUGUCUCAGAAUUUGCAGUUAAUCCUGCGACAGCUCAGUCCUCGUUCGCUCUGCACAGAACUUAGCACAUCCUCAGACCCUCAAUCUAGCCUCUGUUCGCCUUGAGCUCUACUGUAGCUGGAGAUGACAGACAGACAGAGGCUGCAGACUGUCAUGUAUGUGUUCACAACACUGGCGUUAAACAGCGUGGCGCUUCCGUCAUACAAACUUCCUCUUCUUAUGUCUGUGAUGAAUCUGAUAAAUCUUUGUGGUUUGUGAUCAAACUCUCCUCUCCGUCUGCAGGCCUCCCUAACCCCAUGCACCUCCCUGGAGGCCCCCCUCAGUUCUCCAGCAUGGAGGAGAUGGGUGUCGCUUCCAACCGGGCCAAACGCUACUCCUCCCAACGCCAGCGAGCUGUUCCAGAGCCAGCACCUCCCAUGCACCUGGGAGUGAUGGAGGGACACUACUAUGAACCCAGUAAGAUUAGAAGAUGAGCCUAAAACCAAAGUCAGAAGGAAAGAGGGCGGAGAUAGAAGCUGGUCAAUGAUUAAUCUGCAGCUCUGUUAUUAUUAUUAUUAUUAUUACUAAUAUUAUUAUUAUUAUUAUUAUUAUUAAUAAAGUGUGACUUUUAUACAUACAGCUGAUGAACCCCUUAUUAAAGACAGAUCACAAGUUUGAAAAUGUGUUUAUUAGUUAUUCUCUGUGAAGUACCUCCAUCUCACCAGCAGAGGACAGUAAAGAUCAGUCAUUACAAAGAUGUCUUCUACACAUGACUGCUGGGUUUCAGAUCGGCUCUGUUUUUACCUUGACAGCAAGACACAGAGUACAGAGAAGGUUGAUUUUUUGUCCCGUUGUAAUCAGAGCAAGAUUCAGAAACGAUCCUAAGUUAGUUUAAGAAGCUAAAAAGUUCCUCUGAGGUUCCUUACUCUGCAGUUUGAGUGUCAAACAUGUGAAUUUCUCUGCUCUGUCUGCAGUGUCGUACCAGGGACCAAUCUACGCUCACGGGGAAGGCCCUGCCCCAAUCCCACCGCAAGGCAUGCUGGUCCAGCCAGAGAUGCACCUGCCCCACCCCGGUCAGUUUCUCUCUCUCUCUUUUUCUCUGUCUUUCUCUCUCUCUGUCUCUUCAUCUCUUCAUUUCAAUCUCUCUUCAUCUCUGUCUUUCUCUCUCUCUCUCCUCUGAGUGUUUUUCAAACAGUUUUGAGUUCAUCAGAUUUUGACGUUCACCUCUCCGCUCCCUCCCCAGCUCUACAUCCCCACCAAUCAGGAGGCCCAAUUGCUAACCCCGCCCUCUACGGAGGCCCUCCUGUUUCUCUGUCACCAGGGCAACCUCCCCAGCAACUGCUGCCACCACCUUUCUACCCUCCACCAGGGGUCAUGACCUUCCCGUAUCCCGCCAUGUACCCGACUCCACAGGUAAGCCAGCCAGCCCCACACAGGUCUGAAUAACCUCUGAAUGACACAGACAGCAAAGUUUGAUGUCGGCCAUGUUUGUAGUUUUUGUUCUUAUAGUGAAUUUGUUUCAUUGUGUGUGUGUCAAUGUCCGUCAGGGUCAGGCCCAGGUGACGUAUGGAGGUGUGACGUACUACGACACCAUGCAGCAGCAGGCUCAGCCCAAACCUUCACCCCCACGCCGCACAUCCCAGCCCGUCACCGUCAAGCCCCCCCCUCCAGAGGUUCCCUUUGCCUCAGAGUGA